AUGCAGCGCCCUAGAAAUCGUCCAACCACGCUACGUGAGCGCGUUGCUCAAGCUUAUCACGAUUAUGGAAGGCUUUGUUCAGCGCAUCCUGUUGCUUGUUUAUCUAUGUCACUUAUUACCAUGUUGGUGCUUUCUUACCCAACAUUUACGAGGUUUCGUCUAAUCGCCAGCAGUCCCAUCAAUGUGCAAUGGGAUAAUAAAGUGUACACCAGUUCAGGAGAACGAUCUCCUGAAUGGCUUCGUGGUUCACCUGCUGCAUUCUUGCAACAGGUUAUUAUUCGAGGAGCUGUAGAUCCAUGGGUUUCUCACAAUAUGACACCUGAGCAG